CGACGAUUGAAAAAACAGUAAUGCAGUCGCUGUGUUAUCUUGUCUAAUUUUUUAAGUGAUGUUUUCAAUUAUUUUAAAUUAUCACAAUUUGUAUUAGAUAAACUGGCGCUUACUCUCGGUGCUCUCUUCAAAAUUGAAAAACUAGUCUUUCGUCUCAGUCAAAUAAAAUAUAUAAUGAGUGAGUACUGAGUACAUACGUACAUAUAAACGUAAAAUAAUAUGCCAUCGGUGCGAAAUUGUUAGCUGAAAUUAGUAAUAUCUUGUAAUUAAUCAUGCAGUCUGAAUCUGACCACACCUCUCCAUUGAUGUCGGUGGUUUUUGUCUUCCACUAUACAGGAAGAAAUUGAAUAUGGUCCUGCUUUGGUGGAUAAAACGAAAAUGUCAUUUCGACAGAAGCUUGAGGUGCACUACGAACGAUUGGGUUAUUGGGCCAUUCAAACAAUGUUCAUCUUGAGUCCAUUCGUAUUCAUCUACCUAUUUUUCAAACCGCCAAUGUGGAUAUUUAAUGUUGCCUGUAUUUCAUGGAUGAUUUAUGAUCGCGACACUCCACACCGAGGAGGCAGAAGAGUCAAAUGGCUGAGAAAAAUACGUUUCUGGCGCUGCCUGAGAAAUUACUUUCCAUGUAAAUUAGUCAAAACAGCCGAAUUGCCACCAACCACCACGUAUUUGUUCGCUUCAUUUCCACAUGGUGCUUUUUGUAUGGGCCCUUCCACUAAUUUCAUGACCGACGUGAAUCAAUUCGAUGAAGCUUUUCCUGGACUAAAUCCAUAUCUGACAACUUUGAACGGCAAUUACUAUGCGCCAUUUACGAGGGAUUUCUUCCUACUUUGGGGUGGUUGUGCGGUUUCUCCAAAAAGUAUCUUGCGAAUCUUGAAUGGACCUGCUGGAAACGUUUGCGUAAUCAUGGUAGGAGGUAGAACCGAACAAAAAAUUAAUACACCAGGCAAGAAUCGUGUUUUUUUGAAAAACCGCAAAGGAUUUGUAAGAAUGGCACUGACAACAGGCUCUUCUUUGGUACCAGUUUUCUCUUUCGGCGAAACAUUCCUUUACGAGGAGCCCUCAUCUAACCUAUACAGAUUUUUACGAGAAAAACUUCGAGCCAGCUUCGAUCCAGAGUUUUUUCUAUUCAGUGGCCCUUGCACACUGGGCCAUUUGUUUGGACUUUUACCCUACCAACGACAAGUCACCACUGUCGUUGGCAAGCCGAUUCCAGUACCAAAGGUUGAAGAACCCACGAAAGAAUUGGUCGAUAAAUAUCACAAAAUAUUUGUGCAAGAGUUGGUGCACUUAUUCGAAAAAUAUAAAGUAAAAUAUGACCCUGAAGGAGAAAAAGGUACCCUGAGUAUCGAAUAGAACAAGAUAUGUACAUUCUCGUGAAUUUAAUUGACGUUAGUAAAGGCUAUGCCUAUUUACAUUUAAUGUAAGUUGUAGGUACUGUGUACCGAUUUAUCCGGGUAGUGGGACGUUAAAAGGCUACAGGUGACUGCAACAGGUCUCCCCACAUUCCCGAGUACUUUCAUUUUCAUACUAAACUUUUGUACUGUGCAUAGUUAUUGCAAACAAAGCUUAUUUUUUUGUUAUACAGACAUGCUUUUUCUUUUUUUUUGACAAAAAUACACUUCAGAAAAUGGUU